AUGGAAGCGGUGGCCGCCUACGGCAUGGACAAGCAAUUCGCCCCCAACCCGGUGCGCAUCUUGGAGCCCGCCGACAACCCUCAGGCGCGCAAGAACUUCAGCGUCAGCCACCUCUUGGAUCUGGAGGAAGCGGCCGUCGGCAUGAACGGGACGCCCGGCCAGGACCCCCGCUCCGAAGCUCGGGAAGGCGGCAAGGGGGCUUUCGACCCCUCCGGGGGCAGCAGCGGCAGCGAAGGAGGAGGAGGAAGCGCGCUGCGGGAAGGUGAGCGCAGCCUGAGCCCCAGCCACUCCUCCUCCUCCUCCUCCUCCAAACGGAAGAAGAAACAGCGAAGGAACCGGACCACCUUCAACAGCAGCCAGCUGCAGGCGCUGGAGCGAGUCUUCGAGAGGACCCACUACCCGGAUGCCUUCGUGCGGGAGGAGCUGGCCCGAAGGGUCAGCCUUAGCGAAGCCAGAGUCCAGGUGUGGUUUCAGAACCGAAGAGCCAAAUUCCGCCGGAACGAGAGAGCCAUGUUGGCCAACCGGUCGGUAUCGCUCCUCAAAUCCUACACCCAAGACACGGCCAUCGAACAGCCCGUGGCUCCCCGGCCCACCACCCUCAGCCCCGACUAUCUCUCAUGGUCAAGCAACCCCCCCUACAGUUAA